GUCCGGCAUGCAGAAGAUGCCGCGCAUGGCAGCGAAGAAGAGGCGGAUUUGUGGUCCCGGCUGCUUGGUGUUUCCCUGGCGCUCUCGCUUCCCCUCUUGGAUUUGCUGCUGGGCUCUAAUCUGCUGUCAGGCGGCGCGGACUGGGGAUGCUGUUGAGACUUCCUCCAGCGUGCAGCUGCCUCAGUGUCAGGAGACAGAUUACCACUAUGAAUACACAGAAUGCGAUAGCAGUGGAUCCAGGUGGAGGGUGGCUGUCCCAAAUCCGUCGGCGGAGUGCUCUGGGUUACCUGACCCUAUGAAAGGAAAAGAAUGCACUUUUUCAUGUGCUUCUGGUGAAUACCUAGAAAUGAAGAAUCAAAUGUGCAGUAAAUGUGCCGCUGGGACGUAUUCCUUGGGCACUGGGAUCAAGUUUGAUGAAUGGGAUGACCUGCCAGCAGGAUUCUCCAAUGUGGCAACUUUCAUGGACACGGCUGUCGAAUCAGCUGAGAAUAAAGCCGAUAGCUGUGACAACUCUUCGUGGACUCCUCAUGGGAAUUACAUAGAGUCCAACAGAGAUGACUGCACUGUUUCUCUAAUCUAUGCUGUGCAUCUGAAGAAAUCUGGUUCUGUCUUCUUUGAAUACCAAUAUAUUGACAAUAACAUCUUCUUUGAGUUUUUUAUUCAAAAUGAUCAGUGCAAAGAGAUGGACUCCACGGCCGACAAAUGGGUGAAAUUAACAGACAACGGCGAAUGGGACUCUCAUUUUGUAGCUUUGAAACCAGGGGCUAAUAUAUUAUAUUGGAGAACAACGGGGAUUCUUAUGGGUUCUAAAGUGGUGAAACCUGUUCUGGUGAAAAACAUCACAAUUGAAGGAGUUGCAUAUACAUCUGAAUGCUUUCCAUGCAAACCUGGUACAUUCAGUGAUAAGCCAGGGUCUUCCAAUUGCCAGGUGUGUCCCAGAAAUACCUACUCAGAGAAAGGAGCUAAGGAAUGUACCAACUGUAGCGAAGAAACACAUUAUGCAGAUGAAGGAUCCAGCCAAUGUACAGAGCGUCCUCCUUGUACGAACAAAGACUUUUUCCAGAUCCAUACACUGUGUGAUAAGGAAGGAAAGACUCAGAUAAUGUACAAAUGGAUAGAGCCUAAAAUCUGCAGGGAGGAUCUUCCUGAAGCGUUGAAACUGCCUCCUUCUGGAGAGAAGAAGGAUUGUCCGCCAUGCAACCCUGGGUUUUACAACAAUGGAUCAUCUUCCUGCGCUCCUUGCCCUCAGGGCAUGAUUUCGGAUGGAACAAAGGAAUGCAAGGCCUGCCCUGCUGGGACUGAACCAGCUCUCGGGCUUGAAUAUAAAUGGUGGAACGUUCUGCCAGUCAAUAUGAAGACUUCUUGUUUUAAUGUUGGCAAUUCAAAGUGUGAUGGAAUGAAUGGCUGGGAGGUGGCUGGUGAUCACAUCCAGAGUGGGGCAGGGGGCUCUGACAAUGAUUAUCUUAUCCUGAACCUGCAUAUCCCAGGAUUUAAACCUCCAACGUCGGUGACAGGAGCAACCGGGUCAGAACUAGGACGAAUUAGUUUUAUUUUUGAGACCAUCUGUUCUGCAGAUUGCGUGAUGUACUUUAUGGUGGAUGUUAAUAGAAAAAACACGAAUGUGGUGGAAUCCUGGGGCAAGACGAAGGAGAAACAAUCUUACACUCACAUUAUCUCCAAAAAUGCUUCCUUCACAUUCACAUGGGCCUUCCAGAGGACAAACCGGGGCCAAGAUAGCAGGCCAUUCAUACACGACGUGGCAAAGAUCUACUCGAUAACAGUGACCAAUGUGUUGGAUGGAGUUGCCUCGUCUUGCCGGGCCUGCGCACUGGGGUCUGAACAGUCUGGGUCAUCCUGCGUCCCCUGUCCUGCUGGACACUACAUUGAGAAGGAAACCAACCAAUGCAAGGAGUGCCCAGCCAACACAUAUCUGUCCAUACAUCAGGUGUACGGCAAAGAGUCUUGUAUCCCAUGUGGGCCUGGCAGUAAAAGCAACAAGGACCAUUCCACCUGCUUCAGUGACUGCACGUUCUCUUACCUCAGGGACAACCAGAGUCUGAAUUAUGACUUUACCAACCUCAGUGGGGUGGGGUCAUUAAUGAAUGGACCCAGCUUUACAUCCAAAGGGACAAAGUUCUUUCAUUUCUUUAACAUCAGCCUGUGUGGGAAUGAGGGAAAGAAGAUGGCGAUUUGCACAGACAAUAUAACAGAUGUCACGGUAAAGGACAUGGUAGCUGAAUCAGAAGACUCUUCAAGCUUGGUGGGAACUUUUGUAUGCCAGUCUACGAUCAUCCCAUCAGACAGUAAGGGGUUCAGAACAGCACUGGCUCUGCAGUCCAACAGCCUUGCUGAUACAUUCUUAGGAGCUACGGUUGAAACCACUCUGGGAAAUAUUAACAUUGAAACAGAAAUGUUUCCAUCUUCCCAAAGGACAAUACCUGAUGUGAAUUUCUUUUUCAAGUCUUCUACACUUACAACCCCCUGUGAAAACGGACGUGCAACUGUUGUGGUGGUGAGGUGUAAUCCCACCAAACCAGGCCAAGGCGAUAUUUCAGUCCCCAGCACAUGCCCUGUUGGCACCUGUGAUGGAUGCACCUUCUACUUCAUGUGGGAAAGUGCAGAAGCCUGCCCUUUAUGCACAGAGCAUGACUACCAUGAGAUUGAGGGAGCUUGUAAAAAGGGAUUUCAGGAAACCUUAUAUGUCUGGAAUGAGCCAAAGCAAUGCAUGAAGGGGAUUGCCUUGCCUGAGAAACAGGUCAGCACCUGUGAAACCAUGGACUUCUGGUUAAAAGUUGGAGCAGGUGUUGGUGCAUUCACAGCUGUGCUGCUCAUAGCCUUAACCUGCUACUUCUGGAAGAAAAAUCAGAAGUUGGAGUAUAAAUAUUCCAAAUUAGUGAUGACAGCUAACUCGAAAGAGUGUGAGCUUCCAGCUGCUGACAGCUGUGCUAUAAUGGAAGGAGAAGAUAACGAAGAGGAAAUAGUAUAUUCAAAUAAACAGUCAUUGCUGGGAAAGCUGAAGUCAUUGGCAACAAAGGAAAAACAAGAUCGUUUUGAAUCUGUUCAGCUGAAAUCUUCAAGAUCACAAAAUAUAUGAGGAUUAAAUACUACCUUCAAAGAAAAAAAUCUGAUUUCUAUUUUUACAGGACCACAUUUUAAACAUAUUCCUGCAGACAGCAGAGUAAUGGUUGCAGUGAGAAAUGCUGAGCCAUAUAAGAAAAAAGAGGGUGGAAAUCAAAACAAAAGAUUGGAUUGCCUUAUUCUAUGGUCAAGUACCUUGCCAAAAACAAGAAGCAGACUGCUUGGAUUCCAAACUAGGAAUGAAACUUAACUCAGGAAGAGAUAUACAUACUGCAACUGACAUGAGUUUUGUAUUCACCUGUGCAUUGCUCAGGCAUGCUGUGUGAUUUAUUGGUACCUUUCAAUGCAUAAUCACUUUGUCCAUAUGCAUCGUAAGAACUGAUUUUUCUGAGAGAUUCGAAACUUUCUGCAAAGGUUCUGUACUGUCCUUUUUGUAGCCUAACUUCAAGUCUCUCUUAAAAUCAAAAUGGGGAAUGGCACUUGAAACAGAACCAUGGAUGACUUUUGAUCCUUGGAUAAAAUAAUGCUUUUGGGCUAAGGGCAGGAUGUCCUGCAACAGCCUUCAGUCUGGCAGGGCCAAUUUUGCACCCACGGAUCAAACCCAUGUAGAUGCCAAUAUGAUGACCAUCUGGGUUGGCUUGAACAUGGCACUCCUGAAUCUGAGGCUAUAUCUAUACCUACAGCUAAGGGUGUGAUUCCCAGCUUGUAUAGACAUUUUCACAUCUGCUGUCAUCAAUCUAGCACGCUAAGAAUAGUAGUGUAGCCAUGGUAGCACAGGCAGCGGCCGCACGGACAAGCUGUGCCGAGUAUGUACCCACAGGGUUCAGGUGGAUUUGUACUCAGGGUGGCUAGCCCAUGGCACCGCUUGGCACCGCCUGUGCUACUGUGGCUACACUACUGAAUUUAGUGUGCUAUUUUGAGAGCUAGAGCAAGUAUGGCUACGCAAGCUGAGAGUCACACCCCCAGCUCCAAGUGUAGCCAUCCCCUAAAUGUGUGCGCUGCCACUGCCUGAGUUGAAAGAUCACAUCUGUCCGUUUAGAAGCAGCACUCAGAAAUCUUUUUACGUGGUCUAGACACUAGGGGGGACCAAAGAUCCAUAAUGUGAAUUAUGCAUUCUCCCUGCCUGGGGAAGCUUGUCCUGAGAAUCGGAGGUUGACAGCAGUUCAGUACCCGGUAUGAGCUGUCAUUUGUGUGUCAACCCUCUGGGAUGAGCAUCUGUAGGGAUUGAAUCCUGGACCCUUUGGGAGCGAGGGGAACCACAGACUUCUAGCGUGUAAGCUAACCGAGCCAAUUUGCAGUCGAGAGGCAGUAUCAGACUCUUUAGCCUGUAUGUGGUCUAAAAAGGGACAAGGACCCCGCUGCAGGUAUUAAUGUUGGUUACACCAUCAUGUAUCUUAGCAUACAAAUGGGUUCUACUGUCGAUGCAAGUUAUUGUACAUUUAACUGUGGGCACAAAAAGGUGCUUUGAAUAUUGAAGGCUGGCCUGAGAUCCUGUAAAUCUGACUUAUCCACCACAUUUAAAGUAUGUGAUCUUCCUAAUAUCCAGUCUAUGAAAAACUGUAAUUUCCUGAAAUUCCAGUGCAAGUUAAACUGAAAAUAAUCUACUAAAAUGUGGGUAUAAAAUCGUUGAUGAAAAUUAUGAAGGAAAGAGUUGCGUAAAGCUAGGAAGAAAUGAGGCUCCAAUCUUGUCCCUCUAAUCAGACCUGUAUCUGCGUCAGAAUAAAAUGUCUGAAUUGUGAAAUGCAUAUAAAACUUUGGAAAAGACACAGGCAAAAAUGGUGUUCUUACUAUAAAGAAUAUAUAGAUUUGGGCUUUUGUAUGACUCAGUUGCAUCAACCAGUCUGAGAAGAGUCCACUUCUAAAUUAAAUUGAAUCUAAGAUGAAAACUGAAUAUUUUAUUACACUAUGAGAUGUGAAGGAGAUUUUAUGAAGAUUAGAGCUGCUUUUUCUUGUUUAGGGAAAUUUAUUUCAAUUAUUUUAUAUAUCCAGUUGCAGAAAUUGAGAUCUGUUCUUCUGUGUGAAGGUACUUUGGGCAUCUCAUCAGAGGUUGUGUACAUUUCUUUUUGUUCUUGAAACAGCAUUUCAUUUUCCAGAAAGAAGGGAUUUUUGUGAGGUAUUGAACCAUUUUUCAAUGUUUUUGAAUGUAUAUUACAUACAAGUUUGGGUUUUUUUUGUAUAUUUUGUACUGUUGCACAUUUAUUAUCUUACAUUGUAUUUGUCAUCAUCCUAUUGUUUACACGCAAUCAGCAAUGGUGACAUGCUCCCUUAGCAAAUGCCAAUUGGGAUUUUGAGAUUUCAGUUCUUUGCUGAUCUUUUAUGAAGAGGAUUUUUUUUUGUCAUUGAAUUUUAUUCAGAUAGUGUGUUUUAGUGUCAAAGGUUUUCAGCUGGUCAGCAUUUGUACAGUGAAGUGAAAAUAUAUUUGAACUGCGAAUUUGCGAUCUUUGGAAGAACUGCAGCCUGCGCUAAAUUUGGCAGUGUUCUUCUGUGAUGGGUGGAGCCAUGGAACGUCCCACCUUGCACAGAAUUACGUCUGUCACCACUGUUUUCAUCUAUUACUCUUACCUGCACCCGUUUCCCAAGCCAUAGAGAUAUAAUUGGGAUUCAUUUCCAGGAACAUCUUUUCUUCUGCCACUAGAGUCAUAUCCCUGACAUGUUAAAAUGCCUUAAAUUUUAACAAACUACCUUUCAGUUUUAUUAAUACAAAGGAGGGGUUUUGUAUGUUUUGUUAUUCCCCCCCCAUGACUUUUUCAAAUUUAGAUAUAAAAUAGCAUUUUUUGUCAGCUCCUGCAGCCUUUGCUAUAUGACACUUCUUAUAUGGGGUUCCAAAUGAUCUGUCACAUUAAUAUAAGAAAUUCUUCUGGGCACCCUGAAGGUACACCUGGCUGAGCACUAUGAGAAGCAGAAACCAACUAAGCCUAUAGAAUUGAUUUAAGGCUAGCGUAAAGUAUUGUAAUGGAAUUUUCCAGCCAUAAAUAAGUUUGUUCUGAUACUUUUGAGCUGAGUUUUGGCUGUUUCUCUUUUUCUUUCCCUAAAGAUAGACAAAAAGGCUGUUUUCAUGUUCCCAUAAAAGGCACAGUUUUGAAGUCUUGAAACACUUCAUUAAGCAAACUGUUGCCUGUGACAUCUAGUAUUCUGCCAAAAUGUACUCACAGCAACCAUCUCAUCAGCAAUGUUAUGUACGAAUUUGUUAUUUAAGGCCAUAAUCAAAUGCAAAGCGCUAUGUUAUGUGUUCAGUUGAUUAAA